UGCUUAUGGCCUUUUCUGACUUUAUUGUUACCUCAACUAUCUUGUCCUUUGCAGCAACCCAUGUCAUUGUCCUACCGAGAGGGACCACUUGGUGUCUGAGCCUCACCUGUAAUAAUGACCAAAUGCUUAUAGCUGAGAAGAGUGUGAAUCACAAGAGCAUGUGAGGGAGUAUCAGGCCAGUAACCACCCACGAGAGGCGAGCGUGAGCAGGACCUGAAAACCGGUGAAGCCGUGCUUUUCCAGAUAAAAGGAGGGAUUGAGCUCUGCUUCUGGAAGGGUGAUGACGAAUUGCGAAGAAUCCACACCUCAGGAUGACAGCUAAAUAGUUCCCGGGUGGAUGAGCAAAGCCCUGGAGGACCAACCAAGGAGGCUCUUGUAUGCAAGUGAGUAGAUUGGUGCUGUCCUCUGGUUGGCUGAAGGGGCCCUGACGUCACAGUGUGUGUGGCCUCUCCACUCCAAAUGACUGUGUCUCUAGCCAAAAAAAUUCACUGACUUGGCUGGUCUCUUAGCUUCCUCUCUGUCCAGAUAGCAAGGGAGACUAUGGAACCACUCUACCAGGCUGGGUCCAACCUCAUGAAGAUGAAUACCCUCCAAGGGAAGAGGAUGGUGGACAGUGGCCUCCAGUCUGGAGACUUUUCCCUCUCCCAGUCAUGGCCCACCUGCCUCCCUCCUCCAGCUGAGUUGGAGAUGCUGCAAUGGAAGGUGGCUGGGGUGCAACGGGAGCUGGAGGACUUUAAGAAUGAGGUGUUGAAGGCCAUCCAUUACCUGGAAGAUGCCUUCUGUGAGAUGAAGGGGGCCCUGGCGCAGCAGGAGGAGCAGGCGGCGUGUGUGAAGCAGCGGCUCAGGGAGGAGGACUGGGGUAUCGUGCGAAACAUGGUCCUCACCUUCCUGCUGCCCCAGGAGAAGCAGCUCCGAGAGCACUGCAAGCGGCUGGAGAGCACGCUGCUGGGCAGAAGCCACGAUGCUCCCAGCAUCCCCAAGGUCCAGGAGGACUGAGGUCAGGGCCAAACUUCUAGCUGCGCAGCCAAACAGCAGAUAUUUCUGAAUGGAAGGACAAACCUAAGUCCCUGCCCAUUUGCUUCUCUUUCCCCAUUUCCAUUGCUUUCCUUCUACUGAAUAACACCUUUCUGGGAGGUGAAAGGCCUCAGUAUGUUGUUUUGGUGAAGCUCCUUUUACCCCGUGUCAUCAAGGAAGGGGAUGCCCUAAUUCUAAGUCUUUCAGGCACCUGUGGCUUUCACUGUUAA